UCCCUGGGAAGAAGAACUGCAGCAGGCGGCAUUGUCCAAAGAGCCCCGCCGCAGGCCCGCCAUGGACAUCCUGGGACCCCUGGCUCUGCUGCUGGCGGCCUGGAGCAGCGGCGGCUUCUCCCCUUCGGCCGCUUUCCGCCACCCCCUGAUGCAGCCGCCGAGCUCCCGGAGGAGCAGCUGCAAGCCGGUGCCCAGCAGCCUGAGUCUGUGCCACGGCGUGGGCUACAGCGAGAUGCGCCUGCCCAACUUCCUGGGCCACGACACCAUGAAGGAGGUCCUGCAGCAGGCCACCUCCUGGGUGCCCCUGCUGGUCAAGCCGUGCCACCCGGACACCAAGAAGCUCCUCUGCUCCCUCUUCGCCCCCGUCUGCCUGGACGAGCCCGUCUUCCCCUGCCGGUCCCUCUGCGAGGCCGUCCGAGAGGGCUGCACCCCCUUCUUGGCCGCCUACGGCUUCUCAUGGCCGGAGAUGCUGAACUGCAGCCAGUUCCCUCAGGGGAGCGAGCUCUGCAUCCCACCAACGGGCCCGGAUGACCGGCUGCAGCUCCAGAGAGAAGAUGUGGUGUGUGCAGCUUGUCUCAACGCUAGCCACAGCGAGAAGGAGUUCAUGGAAUACGUCUGCGCCCAGGAUUUUGCUUUAAAAAUGAGCAUCAAAUCCUUGUCGGGCGUCGAAGGAGACCUGAAGGUGGUCCCAGAGCUGCGCACUCUCUACAAGCUGGACGGCUGGUCAGCAGAAGAGCUGAGGAAGCCGGCCCUGUGGCUGACCGAUGGAGAAGGCUGCACCUGUGAGGAGCUGGCGGGCCCCGGCUCCGUGGUCCUUGCCAUGGGGCACAGGGUGGCUGGCCGGCUCGUCAUCUCUUGGGUCCGGAAGUGGCGCCGGGGAGAGAAGGAGCUGAAGCAGUUCUCCAGGGCCAUGCGGAAGCGGCAGUGUUAAUGGCGCACGAUCCCUGCUCCUUCUCUUCCCUCCACUCGCCAUUCAUUUUCGAGCCAGAGCAUGUCUUUACAUUUCAGCUGGCUCUUCCCAUCUGCCUGGGGACCCAGCAACCAGAUAUGAUUAAUACACAAACUCCUCCAUUAUCCCGGAAUUGCCAGAGGAGAGACGGUGGGAGAGAUCAUGGUGUCCGCUAUGGCAGAUUCACCUAGUAGCAAAUGUAGCAUUUUCGAGUGUGAGCCCUUUGGAGACAGAGAAUCAUCUCUCCACUCUUUAUUUUUCUGUGUAAACCACUUUGAGAAUUUUGAUUGAAAAACGGUAUAUAAAUGU